CACCGGAACUCUUGUACAUACAUGUACGGUACUGGCUAAUCUACAGGCUUCAACACAGCCAGUAGAGCUGGAUUUUGCAAAAAAGGAAGCAAACCUCGAGGCUUGGAGACGGUCAAGAAACACAACCCAGCGACUUCGCUUUGUCUACCCAAAGAGCAUAUAGCCGAGGGACGGCGACCACCAACCAGCCAAUAGACAAGACAUGGAUCCAAUCGACUCUUUUCUGUGACCGCCAGUUGCUUGAGCUCUCACUGCCAAUCAUAAAAUCUAUACCCGGUAAACUGGAUUCUGUUGGAAGCCUCUCCAUUCAUUCUACCAUGACCAAUUUUCGUCUGUGGGGACUGGGGCUUCUGUGCGGUGCCUGUCUCUUCCAAGUUGCCUUGGGCAAACGAUAUCGAAAGGAUUUUAAUCCCAGUGCUCGUUCCUUUCUGGUUGUGAAUCUAUCCCAAUCGGUGGCGGAAGUCUACUGGAUGCAUUUUGGAACAGAAGAACGAGUCCUACAGAUGGAACUUCAUCCUGGGGCCAAGGAUAGUUUGAAUUCACACAUUACUCAUGAAUUCGAGGUCCGAGAAAAGCCAGAUGAACAGGCAGUUUGCGGUGGCAGACAAGGACGCUGCCGAAAAAGAUUCUUUCAGAUCAGUGCUGAGGAGGAUCAGGUGUUCACCAUCACACCAGACUUUCAGAUUGAAGUAUCCAACAACAAGAGUCGAGCCAGGGAAAAGGCCAAGGACACUUUGAGACAAUGCCGUGAGUUGAGUGACUUUUUGGGGAAACUAACGGCCACCUUCAACCCAUUGGAACGAUUGGAUCAAGUGGCAGAUUGCAUAUCACAAAAUGUACACUCGGCAAUCUACGAAACACAAGAAGACAUUGAUUUUCAAUCUGCGAUUCGACAAAAAAUGGGUUCCAAGCUACAGAACUAUGCGUGUCAGGACACCACCUUUUGGGAAACGGAACCAUUGGAUGUUCAGGUUUGGAAUCCCGGCAAUCCAAGCCUCAUGUGGGAUGAUCUCAGCCACACCGUGCGAGUCUUGUUGCAGGCUGACACGAGCAUGAUUGCCACCCUUGACAAUAUGGUCCGACCUUCUGAUUGUGAAUUUGUGGAGCGAGUGGCACAAACGACAUGGGACUCAGAGCUACCAGAAGUAUUCUGGGAGGCACGGAAACAACCUGAAGCCAUUGAUUUGUUGUCACGGAUAUUUGCAUACGUAAAUCCAGCAGUGAAACUCAUGAACCUCUAUUCGGGGCUCCCUUCCAAGGAUCAAAGUUUGUUUCGAGUCUAUCAUGAUUCUACCAGCAACCUCGGGAAAGAACCACGGAGACACAAAACCCUGGAUUGGCCCGUCUCGAGUGACUACUUUGCCAGAUUGUACAUGUUUUGUGAUGUCCCCGAAGAGGGUGGUGCCAUCCACUUUCCAGAAUCCGGUGUUCAUGUCUAUCCCAGAUUGGGAGAGGCCCUGCUGAUUACCUAUACCCGAGUACAGGCUCGUCAAGGACUGAACGAGAAGAUUAGCAAUGAUCACAUUGACUGUCCCAUCUUUGAGGGGAACCGGACCAUGAUACAGCAUCAGUUUCGUUUGUUUUCAUCCAUAACAACCGAGGUUUGAACUGGAGGAUUGGGUAGAUAAUUUCGUUAACUUUUGCAUGUACAGCAUCUUCCAUUUUGCUGGUAUCCUUGGUUCUCUCGAUUGUACAAUGCU